UUCAAGGCGUGAGAGAAAGUUCCCAGCAUUUCUCUCAAUAGACUGUAAGACAGAAAUUUUAACUCCUCUUGUGAAGAAAUGUUUGUGAAAACUUAAGGGAAGCUAGCCUGCUCCAUCGUGAUGGAUGUUGUUUACCGAGCAACGACCGUUUGUGGGGGUCUUUUAGUGACUUUGGGGGUAAAACACGAAUGAAUCAUGCCGAGGGAUUUAAAUUAACCGGCGCCAUGAUCAGGUGUUUGCCCGCAGAGGUCCAGGGCAGGCUCCGGUCCGGCGUAGCCAUCCCCUCCCUUCAGCAGUGCGUGGAGGAGCUGGUCCUGAACAGCAUCGAUGCCGGGUCGACCUGCGUGGGGGUCCGGGUGGACAUGGAGGCGUUCAAGGUGCAGGUCAUCGACAACGGAGCCGGGAUGAGCGCCGAGGACAUGGAGCGCGUGGGGAACAGAUAUCACACGAGCAAAUGCAGCUCUCUGCAAGACCUGGACGACCUGAGGUGGUAUGGGUUCAGAGGGGAAGCCCUGGCGAGCGUGGUCUCCUUGGCUACUCUCGUGGAGAUCUCGUCCCGGAGCAGGUCAUCCGUGAAAACACACGUGAAGCUGUUCAAGGAGGGCAAGGGCGUGGACGUGUUCGAAGCAGAGACUACGAGACCCUCUGCAGGGACAACUGUCACCGUUUGUAACUUCUUCCAUAACAUGCCAGUCCGGAGGAGGAGGAUGGACGCUGUCCUGGAGGGGGAGAGGAUCAGACACAGGGUGGAGGCCGUGUCCCUGAUGCAUCCCUCUGUGUCCUUCACCAUGAAGAAUGACUGCACCGAAGUCAUGACGGUGCAGCUCCCCAAAGCCAGAGACACCUAUCACAGGUUUGUGCAGAUCCACGGCCUGGGGAGAGCGCACAAACUGCGGGAGGUCAGCUACACUCACAAACAGUUUGAAGUCACGGGACACCUUGGUGUCGAGGGCCACUACAACAACAGCUUACAGUUCCUCUAUGUGAACGAAAGACUGCUGCUGAAAACACGGAUCCACAAGCUGCUGAAUGCUCUCCUGCGCAGACUGAGCAGUUCACACUCCAAACAGGAGAAUCCAGAGGAACCGGCCGUCGUCAGGAGUCCGAAGGUCAAACGAAGCCAGGAGGUGUAUGGUGUCUAUAUCGUCAAUAUCAAGUGCUCUUAUUCAGAGUAUGACAUCUGUCUGGAGCCAGCCAAAACGUUAAUAGAGUUCAGAGACUGGGAUGGAGUUUUACUGUGUAUAGAAGAGGCAGUCAAAGCUUUCAUGAGAAAGGAGAACUUGGUGGCUGAGGUUUCCCAAGAUGACUUGGAGGGUAUUUCUCCCACAGUGUUUGGCUCUGAGAGAUCAGAACAAGAGAAGGAGAGUGUUCAGGAUGCCCAAGGGUUUACUGAUAUCCCCACUAUGAAUUGUAGCGUUGCAACAAAACUGGCAUCUGAGUCUGUUCAUCGAAGGCGCACAGAUGACUGUCGAUCACAAAGCAUUGACUGCAUGGAGAGCAGUGCGGAUGAGAGUGAAGAAGUAGAACAGAAGAUUGAAAACACUGAAAUAUUGAACAGUGAACAAUGCAGCGACGAGCCUCAGUGUGAUUCUGCCACACCGGAGGCUGCGUCUCAUCAUGACGAGAAUGAAGAGGAGGCAGUGACAGUCAGUGAAACUGGAGAGGAGGCUGAAGUUUUACUUCAGUCGACUGAAAUACAUGGUGCAGCUUUAAGAGAAAAAGAGACACAGUCAAACUGUGAAGCCUCAGCCAGCGGUGAAAAGUCAACACACAGCCUCAUUCAACAAACUCAGUCUGAUUUGAUUAACUGUGAGCAAACAUCUACAAGUAAAAGUCUGGAAACUCAUGAACAGAUUUCAUUAUGUCCUAAAAAGAUCCGUGUGUCUGAGCCUUACGUCCAUGAGAGCCUACAGGUUCUGGAUGAAUGGCAAAGCAAGACGCCUGCUGAAAAUCUGUCUGCGUCGAAACGAAAAAUCUCUCUUGAAGCAGUCAGAGGCCCAUCCUCUCUGACGCUGUACAGAGACUCCAUGGCUGCUGUUCCCGCCAAGGCUCCCAGAAUUGUUUCCUGUCGGAAAUUGUCAACCUGUGAUCAUUCUGGAUCUCUGGACAAGUUCAGAAGAAUGUUUGUUAAACCUGAUGAGUUGAAACUGCCAUUCCCAAAAACCCAAACGGAAAACUCUGUGUUGAAUCGUGACAGUGUUUGUCCAGAAGAUCAGCGUCUGGAGGAUUUUUCAGAGUUACACAGCAGCUCCCGGAGCCCACCGACCCUUUCGGCUUUCACCAAGUUAAAACCAGGAUCGCCACGAAAUAAAGGCAAAGCGUCUUUAGCAUCUAAACUCCACAAUUUGAAACAGCAGACUGGUGUGUCUGAAGUAUCAGCACAAGUGUCCAAGACAGUUUGUGAAGAUGUUAGCGGUUGCAAGGAUGAUGAUGAUCCGAUCCAAGAUCGUGACAAAGACGAGAAUCCCUCUGAUCUUGUGCUGAAUCCUGAUCCAGUGUCGGGUUUGGUUACAAACCCUCAGCAUGAGGAGGAGGAGGAGGAGGCAGCAGCAGCGAGUGGCUGGAUGCCUCACUAUGACACAGCUGUUGGAAAGACGGUUUAUGUGAACAGAGUGACCGGCCUCAGCAGAUACGAGGAGCCGGCGAUGGACGAAGCGGACGUGCGCUGUACUUCUGACGUCUCAAAUAUGGCAGUUUGUGUCAUAUCCGAAACUGGGAUGGAAUACAGGUGUUACCCAUUUCAGGCGGACCUAGUGUUGCCUUUCCUGCCUAAAUCCAGACCAGAGAGGGUGAUUAGUGCAGGGCCAGACUGUAGAGACGUCGGCGGGGAUGGCUCCAAUUCACUGUCCUCGUUGUACUCGAAAUGGACGAAUCCAGUGUUUGUACAUCCUCCAAUGGUCGGCGUUGAUAUUUCCAGCGGGCAAGCUGAUGGCCUGGUCGUAAAGAUCCACAACAUCCUGUUUCCAUACCGCUUUUCUAAGGCCAUGAUUCACUCAAUGAAGGUUAUUAAUCAAGUGGAUAAAAAGUUCCUCGCGUGCCUCAUCGAUACAAGUGAAGAGAAGAAACUGGCGCACACUGAAGCUGAAGGAAACCUGCUGGUGCUGGUGGAUCAACACGCUGCACAUGAGAGAGUCCGACUGGAAAGUUUAGUCGCCGAUUCCUAUGAGGACGACCCAGACGUCGCCGGGGAGAGGCGUCUGUGCUCGUCAAACAUUUUACCGCCUCUGCAGAUCAGCGUGACAGAAGAGGAGCUGAGGCUGCUCAGGUCGCGUCAGUCACAUUUGCGGAGUUUAGGUCUGGAAGUGACUUUCCCGCAGGCCGCAGACCCUCAAGUGUUGGUGGCGAAGGUCCCGCUGUGCUUCACGGAGAAAGAGCACAACGAGCUGAAGCGGGGCAGAACGUCCGUCAUCAAGACCAUCGUCGAGGAGUAUAUUCAAGAGCAGAUAGAGUUACUGCGCUCCACCGGUCGAGUCAGAGGAACUCUCCCGCUCACCGUUCUGAAGGUGCUCGCCUCGCUGGCGUGUCACGGCGCCGUUAAGUUCAACAGCCCCCUCAGUAAAGACGAGUGCCACAGCUUGAUCUCGUCCCUGUCCUCGUGCCAGCUGCCGUUCCAGUGCGCCCACGGCCGGCCGUCCAUCGCUCCGCUGGUCGACGUCCUCCACCUGGACCGGGACCAGACGGAACUCCAGAAGCCCAACCUCAAAAAGCUGAGGAGGAUGUAUAAAGCAUGGCAGCUUUUCGGAAAUAGAUAAGUGGAAUGUGUGUUUUAUUUAUUUUUUUUAAAUUCAGUUUAUUGUGAGCUAAAUUAUUUGUGUUAUUUAAAAAAAAAAAGAUUUAAUGUGUAAAAUGUUCUUCUUUCUCAGUCUGCUUCCUGAAGCUUUUAAAUGAUUAAACGAUAUUUAAUGAUAUUUAGAGAAGCUUUAUAAACAGCUUACGGUCAGACUGGAAUAACGGGAAAGUUUCUAAGUGCUGAAAAAGAGGAAAUUCUAAAAUAAAGAGCUGAAA